GCGACAUUCAAAGCAUUUGGACGGCUCUGAUUACAUAUUCUUAAUAGUGUUUCGCGACGGUCUAAAUAUUCCGCUCCGUUGCCCGGCUGCUAUUCCUCGUCUCACUCUCUCUCUUUGGUCCUCGUUUGUUGGGAGAACAAAGCGAUUAAGCGAAUCCCUUUUGUCUUCUCGGAUCUAGGGUUUGGUUGCUCCGAUCAUGUACAGAGCUUUCGGCUCCCACCUCAGGGCUCUCAAGCGCCAUGUCAGUGGUACUGGAGGUAUUGGUGCUACCACUAGAUCUGCAAGUACAAGUGUUGCAAAAAGGUCUUCUGGUGGAUUUUUUAGCUGGCUUACUGGGGAGCGGUCCAAUCAACUUCCCCCUCUAGAUUUUCCACUUCCGGGUGUUACACUUUCUCCUCCUUUGCCUGAUUAUGUAGAGCCUGGAAAAACAAAGAUCACAACUCUUCCAAAUGGUGUCAAAAUUGCAUCUGAAUCAUCACCAAACCCAGCUGCAUCGAUAGGACUAUAUGUUGAUUGUGGUUCUGUAUAUGAAACACCUGUUUCAUCUGGGGCCACACAUCUCCUGGAGCGGAUGGCCUUCAAAAGUACAACAAACAGGAGCCAUUUGCGUAUUGUCCGUGAAGUAGAAGCAAUUGGAGGCAAUGUUACGGCAUCAGCUUCUCGUGAACAGAUGGGUUAUACUUUUGAUGCUCUGAAAACAUACACGCCUGAGAUGGUUGAGGUGCUUAUUGAUUGUGUUAGGAAUGCUGUUUUCCUUGAGUGGGAGGUCAAUGAACAGCUGCAGAAAGUAAAAGCAGAGAUAGGAGAAAUUUCUAACAAUCCCCAGGGUUUGCUCCUUGAGGCUAUUCAUUCUGCUGGCUACUCUGGUGCAUUGGCAAAUCCUCUGAUGGCUACUGAAUCUGCAAUAAACAGAUUGGAUGUUAAUAUUUUAGAGGACUUUGUUAAGGAGAAUUAUACAGCUCCUAGAAUUGUUCUUGCGGCAUCAGGUGUGGAACAUGAGGAGUUGGUAUCAGUUGCUGAACCACUCUUAUCUGACCUUCCAAAGAUGUCCCGGCCCGAAGAGCCAAAAUCUGUUUAUGUUGGAGGAGACUAUCGAUGUCAAGCUGCUUCUGCACAAACACAUGUUGCUCUUGCUUUUGAAGUUCCUGGUGGCUGGCAUCAAGAGAAGGAAGCCAUGACGCUGACAGUACUUCAGAUGCUCAUGGGUGGAGGUGGCUCUUUCUCUGCUGGAGGUCCUGGGAAAGGGAUGUAUUCUCGGCUUUAUCUUCGUGUCUUAAACGAGUUCCAACAAAUCCAGUCGUUCUCUGCUUUCAACAGUGUUUACAAUAAUACUGGAAUUUUUGGAAUUCAUGCAACCACAGGUUCGGAUUUUGUUUCCAAAGCUGUUGAUCUGGCAGCAAGAGAACUUCUUGCAGUUGCAACUCCUGGACAAGUUGACCAGGCACAACUUGAUCGUGCCAAACAGUCAACCAAGUCUGCCAUUCUGAUGAACCUGGAAUCAAGAAUUGUGGCAUCGGAAGAUAUUGGGCGUCAAAUUUUGACAUAUGGAGAGAGGAAACCAAUUGAGCAUUUUCUGAAAGCUGUUGAUGAAGUUAAACUACAAGAUAUAACUUCAAUUUCUCAGAAGAUCAUUUCUUCACCACUGACAAUGGCAUCUUGGGGAGAUGUUAUCAACGUCCCCAGUUACGAAUCUGUCAGCCGAAAGUUCCACUCAAAAUAAAUGUCUCCGCACCCGAAAGCUUGCAAGCCUUUUCUGCAAUUUUGCAUAUGCGGACAUGGAGCUCCCUUAUCAUCAUGGCCUUGGCAGCAGAAAAAUAAAUGGUUUUGAAUUGUCCCCUUCAAAAAUUUCAUGUGGAUCAAUAAUUUUUUGGUUCGUUGCAAUCGUGACUUGCAGUUUCCUCGCCUGAGCUUGGAAACCAGGUUCUUAACAAGGUUGUCUAUUUCUUAUGAUUAGAAUUUUGCAGCUUCUAUCCAUUACUUAGCCAUGCUGCUAAUUUCUUAUACUUGGCUAUCAUGAAAGAUUAUUUUUCCGAAGGCCAAUUGUUGUUCA